CCGGGCAACACGGCAAUUCAGCGCCUGAGAAAUAAACCAUGAUUCAUACAGUCAGCAUUAUCGUGGGACGUAGCUUUUACACUUGCUUUUAAUACCCGCCACCGUUUACACCUGCCGUAUCUGUGUAGAUGGUCAAAACCUGGCAGUUCAUCGCCGGCCCCUGCCUGUGAGACCACCGCCGGGACGCAGACGUGGUUUUUCUGUUUGGAUCAUUCUCGGUGUGGAGCCCGAGAAGCUCUUCCGCUUUGGCCGCAGCCGUGCUGUCACAGCGGGAGGAUGAACAACCAGAAAUGUAGCACUUUAUUUCAGAGACCCGGAGGACGGACGAGGAUUAUACAGUGUAUCUGUGUGGUGGGCUUCAUGGACUUGUUUGGGGUGAGCAUGAUCAUCCCACUGCUGAGCCAUCACGUGAAAGCUCUUGGAGCCAGUCCCACUGUGGCUGGUAUAGUAGGAUCUACAUAUGGGAUCUUACAGCUCUUCUCAAGCACAAUAGUUGGCAGCUGGAGUGAUGUGGUGGGACGGAGGUACUCUCUGCUGACCUGUCUGCUGCUGAGCGCUCUAGGCUAUGGGCUGCUGGGAAUGUCCACCAGCAUCGCUUUGUUUGUCCUCGCACGGAUACCCGUGGGGCUGUUCAAGCACUCCCUGUCAAUCUGCAGAGCCCUGCUGUCUGACCUCGUGUCUGAGUCAGAGCGCCCUCUGGUGAUGGGACACUUUAAUGCCGCCUCCAGUGUUGGCUUCAUCCUGGGCCCUGUGGUGGGUGGCUACCUCACAGAGCAUGAAGGAGGCUUUUAUACCUCCUCCUUUACUUGUGCAGCCAUCUUCCUUACUAAUGCAGGUCUGGUAUGGAUGCUACCAUGGAGCGAGACACUUGUUCCCUGUAAUGACACUAACUCCAGCAACAAUACAAGUAAACGUUGUCAUGACAACCACUGUAAUAAGUCUGUGCACAACGGUUCUCAUGCAAAUAGACACCACGCAUUGCUGGCAGCAGACACUGAAUCCAGAGCUCCAGGGAAGCACCAGGGUGGUCUCAGGUGGAGGGAGAUGUCUCUGCUCCAGCCUGCCUGGAGACAGCUGUCAUCAGUGGGCUCCAAGAUCCACAUGGUGGCCUCCUCUGACAUGUGGGACCUCUUUCUGGUGCGCCUUUUGAUGGCCAUAGCUAUCAUGCUGUACUACAGUAACUUCUCUCUGGCCAUGGAGGAGCGUUUCUCACUUAAACCAAAGAUAACAGGCUAUCUGAUCAGCUACAGCAGCACCUUAGGGGCCCUGGCUGGGUUCCUGGUGGGGCCAGUCACGCAGCUCUACAGGAAUAACAUGCCUGCUCUGCUGCUUCACUCCACAGUUCUCACCUGCUCACUUAUUUUCCUCUAUGCCACUGCGCCCAGUGUCUGGCAGGUGCUUCUCACCUCUACCUUUUUUGCUAUUUCCACCACCAUUGGACGGACAUGUAUCACAGACCUAGAGCUUCAGAGGGGAGGGGUACAGGCCAGCGGGACUCUGAUUGGUGCCGGGCAGUCAGUUACUGCUGUGGGUCGCAUCCUGGCUCCCCUCCUUUCUGGUCUGGCUCAGGAGUUCAGCCCCUGUGGCCCACCUAGUCUGGGAGUGGUCCUGGCCCUAGCAGCUGUAGGUUUACUGCUCAUCAGGAUCCCCAAAUGGGACGGGAGAGGAAUGACAAAAACAGCCAAACUCUGAAACUCAGAGCAACUGAAUGAGUUUAAAAUUAUGACAACCAAUGCAUAUCCACUACUCAGAGAAGUGCUCUUAAUUGUAGGAGGCCAGCUGUGAAGGACUCACAGUGGGAACGAUGUGUCCCACUCAAGCAUGGCUCGUUAUCACCAGCACUGUAGUCCUCCUUUGGGAGAAAGGAAAAUUCAAGAGCAGCGCUGAGAUGAAGUCAGCGCUGAAACGUUUAAUCUUCUUCCCCCUAUGCUUAUGUGGCAUGUAUUGGCACACAUGACAUGUGAGAGCUUUGAUUGAAAACAUUGAUUUUUGAUAUAAUUCUGUAACCACUAUUGUCCAAAUUCCCUGAAGUAUGUAGGUCUGCUGAUGAUACACUACACACCUAAAGAACUUCUACUGCUUCACCAAAAUACAAGAAGAGGAAGGUAAUAAUCCUUUCACAUUCCAGCAAUUAUGCUUCAGACAUUCAUAAGAUAUGAUGACACUGUGGGGAAACUGGGCUACCUGACCACAUCACGGUAGAUCACAUUGCUCUACUUCUGGAGUAGCCAACUUGGUUUACACAUUUUUACCUCAAUACAAAAUGUUUCUUCUAAUGCACUGCGUCAGAAAUGGUUCUUAUGGUGGUAUAUGAGCAAAUGUUUGCUCUAGUUUUUGUCUCUUUAAUUUUACAAUCAUGGAAAUGUGUUAAUUUAUCUUUCUGUGUUUAAAUGUACAUUUAAAGAAGAGAUUAAUUGUUUUGAUUUUCAAAGUUUUUAAAGUGAAUUCCAGGCAUCACUGUUGUUAAAAAAAAAAAAAAAAAACAUAUACUAACUGGUUAAGUAGGAAAAUGUUGUAAA